AUGUUAUUCUGUGAGACAAUGCGGUGGAAUGUUGGAUACUGUAAUCUGCUGCGAUGCAAGUUCUUCAUACUUCUGGUGCUUGUCGGCUGCAGCGAUGGAUACCUGAAUAUAUUCAUCAGCCAGUCCCAGGUCAUGAAGCUUUUGGGACUCGACGCUGAGCUGUACUAUGUCAAGGAGGGGGUGGUCAAUACAUACGCAAUGAACUUCGUCGUUCCAGUGGCAGCGUCCGUUGCGGACCUCGAGUUCUCCUGGCAAAGCCUCGUCGGACAUCCGCUGGCGUACUCCAUGGAGCUGGAUUAUGACGUAGUAGGUGUCCCUGGCAGCGCUUCCGGUACGAUGGCUCUGCUUCAGCCCAGGGUAAAUGUCUCAGCACGAGGAGAGGUGCCAGUCACCUUGCAGGUCUUCAGGAUUCGGUUACCGUGCUCGGGGCUGGUUAGUGCCGAAAUUCCGCUGGCUCUGAGGUUAAAUGUCACUGCUCCCGCUGGCACUAGAUACAACGACACCAUUCUGGUUUUCAAGAGAAACAAAAUUUGUUUCAAAGGAGUGGAGGCGCCUCCGAGGAACGACUCAGUUCGUUUAGAGCCGGGACCUCUGGUGAAUGGUGCCGGGGCACUUUACGUAGCGGCGACGUGUGCGUGCGCCUUAAUAUUAGUCGUCGGAAGUGUCGCGAGCGCCCUGUAUAUUCGCAACAGCAAGGCCCACAUUCAAGAAUCACAGAAAACACUGCCCUGCUGCAGCUAUUCGGCGGCAGACACCGGCGGCUUGGCCAGAAGUUCUGUUCUGGUUAGGGUCGACCCACGGCCCGGAAGCGCGAAUUCCGGAAGUUACGCGACCAUUGCGGACCUGGAGUCGCUCUACGCGAGACCCUGCGGUUCCAGGGCGAGUUACUACGCUUCCAGCCAUGUGACGCAUCUGAGCCAGACGAACGAUCCUUGCGAGAAGGCCAGAGCACUUGCUGUGUCCAGGUCCGCGAUGUACUGUCGCAAUCUUGUGCAGGAGGGCACCUUCGGCCGCGUUUACAAGGGCACCUUGGAGCUGGCUGGUCGUGAACAGGAAGUCAUCAUAAAAACAGUGACAGAAGUGGCGUCGGCUUAUCAGGCGUCAUUGUUAGUGGUGGAGGGCUCCCAGCUGGCAGGACUGGUGCAUGCAAACAUUGCGCCGCUCGCGGCCGCCUGUCUGGAUAGCUCGUGUCCGUUGCUGGCGUACACAAGUACACCUGGCGAGCUGAAUUUAAAGUUAUACCUUACCGACGGGAAUCACCAUCCUGUGACCAGGGACUUGGUGAACGUUGGCGCGCAGGUUGCUAGGGCAGGGGCGUUCAUGCACGGCCGGGGACUUCUGCACAGGGACAUCGCCGCCCGAAACUGCCUGAUCGAGCCAAGCAGUCUCCGGGUGCGACUAGCUGACACUGCUCUGGCGCGGGAUCUGUUCCCUCAGGAUUACCAUUGUCUUGGCGAUAACGAGAACAGGCCCAUUCGUUGGAUGGCCUUGGAAACACUCCAGCACAAUCAAUACAGCACGGCUACGGACGUGUGGUCAUUCGGUGUGUUUCUCUGGGAGCUAGCGACACUAGGCCAGCAGCCGUACCUCGAAGUGGACCCGUUCGAAAUGAUGGCCUGUCUUCGUGAUGGUUAUCGAUUAGCGCAGCCUAGGCCAUGUCCAGAUGAGCUAUUCGCCGUGAUGGCGGUCUGUUGGCUAGGCUUGUUCCGUGAUCGGCCGACGAUGCCACAGCUCCUCGCCUAUUUGCAAGACUUCCACUACGCUCUCGGUGGACAUCGAAGAUCGACGAUUUCUCGAUCUUCUCAACUCUGCAGAAGAGAACCUCACGCGAACCACAAAAGCUUGGAGUCAGGAGGUGGCUCAUGGAAAGAAACAAUGACUCUCUUUUAA